AUGUGUCUCCUGGGCCCCUCGGGGGACUCUUACGUCCCCAUGGUGACUCCCGUGGCCUUUUGCUCCGGGGAUGUGAGCCCCACCUUUGGGCUCGGCUUACCCAGCAGCUGCCAAGGGAACCUCUGGCUGCUGGAUUACUGCCCGGACGCCGAGGGCAGCGCGCCCAGCUGCCGGCCCAGGCCCUGCACCGCGGGGGGAGCCCCGUGGGGCUGCUGUGAGCCCUGCGACCCUGCAGCAGAGGGGACAAUGUGCGGGGCCCGGGACACAGCCGGCGGGGGACCCCGACCCCGCCCCGGCCCAGGGGCCCAGACUGUGGGGCGCACAGCCCCCGUCUGUGCACCGAGUCCCCGUGUCCCUGCCGAGCGCCGGACCCUCGCCACCGGCCCGCAGCGCCUCGGGCGACUCGGCAGCGUCCCCAGGACCUCCGGGCUGCUCCCCCACUGCAGACCCAGUGGCUUGAGGCACAGGAGCUACCAGACUUUGGGCUUCACUCCUGGCGGCUUCUCGUCUUCCUGCGGUGCUGCCAGCGCCUGCCAUUCCCAAAACUACUGGGUGCGAAGCUGCCCACCGCUGAGGCACAGGCCCGCGAGCUGCUCACCGCGGAGCUACUUCUCCAGCACCCUCGGGAGCCUGAGCUGCCUGCCCGGCUCCUUCCCUCCCCUGCGGUACCUGCGCCCCGGCUGCUACUGA